AUGGGCUGUACCAUCAUAACAAAAAUAAUCUACAUCACUUUCGAUACUGACCUUCUUCCCGUUUCUCUCGGCCAGCAGAGCUUGGUGGACGGACCUGUGUCACACAUCUCCCGCAGUCACAGCAGCUGCAGCGCGGACACCUGUCGCCAUGAGGCCCCUACGGUGUACACGCAGCUGUCUUACCUGGAUUCACCUAGAUCCACGUCGUCCAACGGAUUCCAUGGGACUAGGAGGAAAGCACAAAGCACUGGUGGCUGGUGGGCCUGGUGUUCCUGGUGGCGGCGACGGCGGGCGUGGGGGUGGGCGUGCCCCUCGCCCUCAGGGGGGACCCGUCGCAGUCCUUCGAGAAGAGACUGGAGACAGGCCAGGAAGAUCCUGUCGGAGUUUCCGCUCAUAGAUGGACACAACGACCUCCCGUGGAAUAUAAGAAGUUUCAUUCACAAUCAACUGGAAAAACUCAAGCUGAACGAGAGCCUGAAGACCGUCGAGCCUUGGUCUGUUAGCAAUUGGUCUCACACGGAUCUUCCGAGACUAAAGGAAGGCCUUGUGGGCGGUCAGUUCUGGGUGGCUUACACGCCUUGUGACUCGCAGUACCUGAAUUCCGUGCAGCUGACCCUAGAACAGAUCGACCUCAUUAAAAGAGUCCUGAAGAAGUACAAUCAAUACCUAGAACUCGUUACCAAAUCCGAAGACAUCACCGCCGUCUUCAAGAAAGGGAAAAUCGCCAGCCUGAUCGCCAUCGAAGGAGGCCACGGAAUCAGCAACAGCUUAGGGACGCUGAGAAUGAUGUAUGAACUCGGUGUACGGUAUCUCACUCUUACACACACGUGCGAUACGCCCUGGGCGACAUCGUCUGUUAUUGAAACGAAGGGAGGUUCCACGAGCCAUCCGGGGCUCUCCGACUUCGGCAAGAAAGUCGUGCAGGAGAUGAACCGGCUUGGGAUGAUGGUGGACUUGUCUCACGUGUCGACGCAGACGAUGCGAGACACCCUGGCCGCCACGCAAGCGCCCAUCAUCUUCUCGCAUUCGUCGGCGCGCGCCCUCUGCGACAACCCUAGGAACGUGCCCGACGAUGUGCUGCGACAGGUGAAACACAACCGCGGGAUCGUCAUGGUCAGCUUCUACGCCGACCACGUGAGCUGCGCCGAAAGAGCCAACGUUAGCCAUGUGGCAAAACACAUCAACCACAUACGGGAAAUCGCGGGCAUCGAUCACGUUGGCAUCGGAGCGGAUUUUGACGGAAUCAACAAGACUCCGGUGGGCCUCGAGGACGUGAGCAAGUACCCCGCCUUGUUGGCCGAGCUGCUGCGUGACCCCAGGUGGACGGUGGCUGACCUCAGGAAGCUGGUGGGCGAAAAUAUCAUCAGAGUGUUCUCGGAAGUGGAGAGGGUACGCGAUGACCUGAUGACCAAGGGCGUGGAGCCCAUCGAGGAGGAGAUUCACCCCGAGUACCUCCGAGGCAAGACGAACUGUACUUACUUCUUCGACUAAAAUGUGAUGACGUCACGGCGGCGCAGGAGGCACACGCCAGUUCCUCCUCCGCAGUCUUUAUUACGGCGCGAGAGACACAAAGGGAGAAACAAAGAGAGCCUUUAUGUUGUAUAGUGUGGUUUUAUACGGACGCAGAUUUCUAGCAGAGUUCUCAAGAGAGUGAGGCGUAAAUAGAGAGAGAGAAUAUAUAUAAAUAAAUAUAUAUAUCUUAUAUCUAAUAUCUAUAUCUAUAUGGGACGUUUUUGUGUUUGUGUUUCAGAGUGCUUUAGUAGAGUAUGUAAAGUGAAAGACAACCAAAGACAGCUAAAAUCGAAGAAUAUUUAGGUACUUUCGUUCGGACUAUCAACCAAAACUCAUGAACCAUAAAGGCCGUCUUGGGACACAGGAACCCUUUUAACUAGGUCUUGUGUCGGACAAUGGUGCUAGAAUCUGUGCCAAAGGUGAACAUGUUGCCCUAUAUAAUGUCUAAUGUUAAUUACCGAAGUCUGGGUUCCUAUUGUAUGUGUAUUCUUGUCGUCUGGAAGGAAAAAGCUGGAAACUAAAUAUAAAAAGAUAUAUAUGACAGACAAACGAGUUUUAAUUCGUGUGAAACAGUGGUGUUGACUUUGUUGAUAUAAAUAUAUAUUAUUUUUUAGUGUGGGGGAGAAAGCCCAAAGAAAACAUAUCAGCGAAAUAUUUUUGCGGGUUGUAUUGCACCCGAAGUAAAAUAUGCGAUAUUAAAAGAAAAUGCUAUUAAAACAACAAAUGUUUCGACAAAUUUCUUCCGAGUGAAUAUCUUGUUUAGAAAAAAGAGAAACACUUUUUCGUGGAUAUUGUUAUGCAAAAAACUGAUCUUUGUUUUCUAAUUCAUCACAAGCAUCAGGCAGAAAUGAUUUGUCCCGGAGUAAAGUACAACGGACUCUCAAGCAUAAUUCCCGGUAAAUCACCCGGAUUAACACCAAAGCAAAGUUUGCUUUCGCAAAGGGUUCGCCCAAUGUGAAAGAUAUUCGACAAUAAUGUGCUCAAUACAGAAACUACAUUUUGCUGGAACAUUCAUUGGAAAGAGAAUUGUAUCUGUACAGGUGUGCUGCAAGGUGCAAACUACAGUGCGCAGGUCUCUGUGCUAGCGUGGGCCACCUGCAAUAUCAUAGAGCAUCUAUUUUGCAUUUGAAGUUUUCCUUUCUUUAUAAGUUGGUAUAAUUGUGGGGGUAUUUUUCUAGAUCUUGAUUAGCUGUAUGAUAGGAAACCUGCAAGGACUAUUGUAAUCGUUUUUAUAAGUGCGUGUGAUUAUGUCUAAGAACAAGUUUCAUUUGUAUAGACACGCAAUACUUUAGGGGGAAGGAAGAUGGUGACGAAGUUGCGUAGACGUAUUAUCAACCUCUCUUGUUCAUGUAUCAAAGAUACAAACAUCUUAAUAGGCAAUUGCGACACGCUCCUGUAAUAUUCUCGUCGGCCAGUUUUUUUUCUUUUCUUUUUUUUCAUCCAAUCGGCCGCCAUUAGUCGUCACUUAACAUAGCAAAAUAGUCAAGCACUAAGUGGGCAGACAUUGCAUAAUAUAUUUUGUGAGUGCUCAUAGAGGAUGAGUAGCUGGGAAGAUGCCCUCGAGGUAUCCCCGCUAAGACUCUCUCCCUCUCAAGAUGUCAUCUGGAUCGACAUGUCUUCUCACAGACGUUGCGUAUUAUUCCUAGAAACACAGCCUAUGACUUUAGUAAGUGGCUAUAGUCAGUAUACACAUAAAUAAACAUAUAUAUGUACACAUCGUAGUUCGUGCUCAAACAAAAUAACUGUUUCAUUCUGAACUCUUUCGUUUUGUCGUUUUCUAAAGUGAAAAAACGGAUAUUGGUAUAAACGUUGGAAAUGCGAAGUACUUGUUUUAGAGGACCAAAAGGCAAGCAGUAAGGGCCUACAGAGAAUCGGCUAUGGCGGAAGAU